UUCUGAACAAAGCUUCCCAGUUCUGGUAAAAGCCGCUCUUGUCAAUUGUGUUGUGAAAAUAUUAUUGAAAAUAAUAUAUAUAAUAAAUGUUUUCAUUGUAUUUCUAAUUGAUAAUUUCAGUUAUUUUAAUCUUAAAAAGAAUUUAAGUUAAAAUUAUCCAAAAAUGCCAUACGCUAAUCAACCGUCAGUACAUAUUUCCGAAUUAACCGACGAAAAUGUCAAAUUUCAAGUCGAAGACACAGAUUUAAGUGUUGCGAAUAGUAUGCGACGAAUUUUUAUCGCCGAAACACCAACAAUGGCAAUUGAUUGGGUACAAAUUGAAGUUAAUACAACAGUUUUAAGCGAUGAAUUUUUAUCUCAUAGAAUUGGAUUAAUUCCAAUUAUCAGCGACGAAGUUGUCGAUCGAAUGCAAUAUACGAGAGAUUGUCAAUGUAUGGAUUUUUGUCCCGAUUGUAGUGUUGAAUUCACAAUGGAAGUAAAACACAAUGAUGAGAAAACACUUAAUGUAACGAGUGCCGAUUUUAAAACAAGUGACGGUCGUGUUCGUCCUUUAAAUUCAAGACCACGUGACGAAGAAAAUGAAUAUCCAGAACCAGAUGAUAUUCUCAUUGUUAAAUUGCGAAAUGGACAAGAAUUGAAAUUACGUGCAUAUGCAAAAAAAGGUUUUGGAAAGGAACAUGCAAAAUGGAAUCCAACAGCGGGCGUUAGUUUUGAAUAUGAUCCUGAUAAUUCAAUGAGGCAUACUUUAUUUCCAAGACCCGAGGAAUGGCCAAAAUCAGAAUACAGCGAAUUGGACAAAGAUCAGCAUGAAGCUGCAUUUAAUUGGGAGGCAAAACCAAAUAAAUAUUAUUUUAAUGUCGAAUCAAGCGGUGCCUUAAAACCGGAAAAUAUUGUUAUGAUGGGAAUUGCUGCUUUAAAAAAUAAAUUAUCCAAUUUACAAACGCAAUUGAGCCACGAAGUAAAUAGUGACGCUCUCAGUAUUCAUCAUUAAUAUAAAAAAAAGAAAAAAAAAUCCAAAAAAAUUUUUUCCUAUUUUUCAAAUUUUUUUUAAAUAAAAUAAAAAUAAAUUAAUUAAACAAUUAUAAAAA